AUGUCUUCCAGACAAAAGAGGCAGAGUAAGCCCAAGGCGCCAGCAACACCAACGACGCCAACAACUCCCAAGGAGACCGGAGAACGAUCGCAGUAUCUUCCGGCAUCCACAGUUUUGAAGAAUGUCGCUCGCGCCGUGGCACUUCUCUUCGUCGCCGGAGUGGCGUCUCCAGUGUCACAGCUCAACCUUACGCCGGUCUUCGGAUCUAUCCCAGCUUCAUUGCACCAUCAGCAAGCAAUGACAUUUUCCGCUCUAGCGGGACUAGGUGUCCGCCGAUUGUUGAAGGGAUACGUGUCGGUCGAUGUAUCUGCCUGGGUUACCGUUCUCGCGUACUGGACACCGCUCAUUCAAUGUUUUCUGUUCCCACGCAGCACGCAGCUUGGCAUCGACUACGGGCCUUUGAUUGUCGAGUCGCUCACCUACUUUCCUCUACUAUUUCUCUCGAUGUACGCUGUUUCCGACCUGCUGGAUACGGUCGACUUUUCUCGCUGGGACCUACCCUCUGCCCUUGGGGACGCCAUUUUGCCGAUGACCUCUUACGUGGGUGUUUCGUUCGUCUCCAGAUUCUUUGGCGCGCUUCUUCCUGCUUUCAUAGGACAGCAUGUCUAUUUAACGCGUAUCGGGUUUCAAAUGCUGCUUGCAUCGGCUGCCGCUUUUGUCACACCCUCUAAGCUGCUAGUCCUGGCCUUCCCUGCCAUCCUCCACACGCUCUGGAUGAAUCCUCAUCACCCUUCCGACCAGGCUUUUCAGAAGGCAAAUGCAACGCUGGUUGCUACCCAGAAUUAUACUAUCCUUGCUCGUCAGGAAUCAUUGACUGGCUAUGUCUCUGUGGUGGAGAACUAUGCGGACAACGCCUUCCGUCUAAUGCGUUGCGAUCAUUCACUUCUCGGUGGAGAAUGGCUUGUCACGCCUGACUCGUACAAGAAGGGCCAACGCCAGAAGGAGAGCAUUUUCGCUGUCUUUGUUCUCUUGGAAGCUGUUCGUUUGAUUGAGGAUCCAGAAUUGACUCCCAUCAAGUCAGUGCCCCGAGCCCUGGAUAUCAAACCCGUCCCCGAAUCCGAGAAAGCAGCUCUUGUGAUUGGUCUUGGAAUCGGAACAGCGCCUAAUGCGCUCAUCGCACACGGUCUGAACACAACUAUCGUUGAACUUGACCCUGUCGUUCAUAGGUACGCAACAGAGUACUUCGACCUUUCUCCCAACCAUACAGCCGUCAUUUCCGAUGCCGUACGCUUCGUUGCUGAUACGUCUGUUUCCGCUCCCAAAUCCUACAACUACAUUAUUCACGAUGUUUUCACCGGUGGCGCCGAACCCGUCUACCUCUUCACCACCGAAUUCAUGCAAGGCCUCUACAACUUGCUCACUGAUGAUGGCGUCGUAGCCAUUAACUACGCUGGUGAUUUAACGCUCGGAUCCACCAAACUUGUGCUCAACACCAUCCACGCUGUCUUCCCCGCCUGCCGCCUCUUCCGCGACUCGCCUGCACCGGAAGGUCACAAAGAAGGUGAUUCUGAUUUCAUCAACAUGGUGAUAUUCUGCGUCAAAAACGACCAUGGCAAGGGGAAGAAGGCCGUUGGCUUCCGCAAGGCGACAAGUAACGACUGGUUGGGCAGUAUUGCGCGUAGGAAUUUCUUGCAGCCGAGGGAGGAGCUAGAAGUCAAAUUCGACUAUGAGAGUGGCGGGCAGGUGAUGGGUAGUGCGGAUGUAGCGGAGUUGGAGAUGUAUCAUGAGGAGGGUGCCGUGAGCCACUGGAAGAUCAUGAGGUCGGUGCUGCCGGCUGGUGUUUGGGAGAUGUGGUAG